AUGCAAGCGAUCUCAACGGCAACAAUCCCAGGAGCGAAUGAUUAUGAGGGUGAAGGUGAACGUGAUGGCCAGAACGUAGAGGAAGCGACAAGUCCAGCAGUGGACCAUGAAGAAAAAAGCGAAGGCGACGACAAGGAGGCGGAGGAACCGGCGAUGGGGGCAGCAGCAGUAGCUGAGAAGGAUGAAGGGGAGGAUGAUGAGAAUGAUGUCGAUGUGUCCAAGGUGGUCAAGGAAGAAGAGCAGUCAGACUCUGACCAGGCUGCGGAUAACGGACAGAGAGACGGGACUUCAUCGAGAGCGGCUUCAGGUUCAGGGACGGAUCACUUUCCUGAGAUGCUUCAGCAUCACGUCGCUCAGGCCGUACGCCAGUGCCGAGCAAGACUCGGGCACAUCCAUCCAAGUAAACGGUGA